AUGUCACACCAACAAUCCUCCCUGCCCAUCAUGACCACCCGCGGCGACGACAAGCCUUUUCACCACACCCAAGUGCCCCUCGAUCAUUCGGCGCUGAUUCAGUCGCGGGAGACUGGCGAUGUCCUCCCCGAUGAUACCCCAGUGCAAGGCAAUGUCAAGGCGUUGCCCUUUGCCAAGUCAUGGGUUCACAUGCUUGCGGGCGGUGUCGGUGGCAUGACAGCUGCAGCAAUGACUGCUCCUCUCGAUGUCCUCAAGACGAGACUGCAAUCCGAUUUUUACCAGGCCCAAAUCCGAGCAGCGCGCGAGGCUCAAGGCCAGGCGAUCGGUCGUCUUAACCCCGCCAGAGCGGCUCUCUACCACCUCAACGACACCCUCCAGAUUCUCGGCUCCGUGUACAGGACUGAGGGUUGGCGCGCUCUCUUCAAGGGUCUCGGUCCCAAUUUGGUCGGUGUGGUGCCUGCCCGUGCUAUCAACUUUUACGUGUACGGCAACGGAAAGCGCAUAAUCUCUCAAUAUCUCAACCACGGCGAAGAGGCCCCUUGGGUUCAUCUUUCCGCCGGUGUUGCAGCUGGUGUCGUUACCUCGACGGCGACGAACCCCAUUUGGAUGGUCAAGACGCGAUUGCAGCUCGAUAAGAACGUUGCUGAGAAGAGCGGUGGCGCCCAGCUGCGCCAGUACCGCAACAGCUACGACUGUGUGCGCCAGAUUAUGCGAAAUGAAGGCAUCCGAAGUCUGUACCGUGGAAUGAGUGCCAGUUAUCUCGGUGUUGUUGAGUCAACAAUGCAAUGGAUGCUGUACGAGCAAAUGAAGGCCUCUCUUGCCCGAAGGAACAACGAGAUUAUCAACAGCGGCCGUGAGAAGACAUUCUGGGAUAAGACUAUUGACUGGACUGGCAACGGCUUUGCUGCUGGAAGCGCCAAGCUUGUUGCUGCUGUUAUUGCUUAUCCUCACGAGGUUGCGCGAACCCGACUUCGACAAGCGCCCAUGGACAAUGGGCUGCCCAAGUACACGGGCUUGGUUCAGUGUUUCAAGCUCGUCUGGGUCGAAGAGGGUCUUAUGGGUCUCUACGGCGGCCUGACUCCUCAUCUCAUGCGAACAGUGCCCAGCGCAGCCAUCAUGUUUGCCAUGUAUGAGGGCAUUCUCCGACUCUUCCACACCCCUGCUUAA